AUGGGAGUUACAACUUUUACACAUGAUUAUUUGUCCCCUAUUGCUCCAUCACGCAUGUUCAAGGCCCUGAUCACAGACUCCAGAACUUUGCUUCCGAAGCUCUUACCACAGUUUAUUAAAGAUGUCAACUUAAUCCAGGGAGAUGGAGAAGCUGGAAGCAUUGAACAAGUUAACUUUGCUGAAGCUAGCCCCUUCAAAUAUCUGAAAAACAGGAUUGAUGAGCUUGAUAAUGACAACUUGGCAUGCAAAUACACUAUGAUUGAAGGGGAUCCAUUGGGCAACAAGCUUGAGUCUAUAGCUUACGAGGUUAAGUUUGAGGCCACUAGUGAUGGAGGUUGCCUUUGUAAAAUGACAAGCAAAUACAAUGCCAUUGGUGAGUUUGAAGUCAAAGAGGAAGAGUUAAAGGAAGGAAGAGAAAGCUCCAUUGGAAUCUACAGAGUUGUUGAAGCCUAUCUGCUGGAGAAUCCACAAGUCUACGCUUAA